ACCUUUGACAGCUAUUUAUUAGGCCACUCACUCAGUAUUGAAAUAUUUGUAAGCAUGGCUCAGACUAACCCAACGCCAAUAGGACCAUGGAAGAUCACAGUAUAUGACCAGGAGAACUUCCAGGGCAAACGCAUGGACUUCACUUCUUCCUGCAAGAACAUCAUGGAAUGUGGAAUUGACAACGUUCGCUCACUGAAGGUCGAGUGCGGAGCCUGGGCGGGUUACGAGCACUCCAGCUUCUGUGGCCAACAGUUCAUCCUGGAGAGAGGAGACUACCCUCGCUGGGAAGCAUGGAGUGGCAGCAAUGCCUACCAUAUUGAAAGACUGAUGUCCUUCCGCCCAAUCUGCUGUGCUAACCAUAAGGAGUCAAAGAUCACAGUCUUCGAGCGGGAGAAUUUCAUUGGGCGCCAGUGGGAGAUGAAUGAUGACUACCCCUCUCUUCAGGCCAUGGGCUGGCCCAACAACGAGAUUGGCUCCAUGCAGGUCCAAAAUGGGGCCUGGGUUUGCUACCAGUAUCCUGGCUACCGUGGCUACCAAUAUAUCUUGGAGUGUGAUCGCCAUGGAGGCGAGUACAAACACUACCGGGAGUGGGGAUCCCAUGCUCAUACCUUCCAGGUGCAAUCUCUUCGCCGCGUCCAGCAGUGAGGGCUGCUCUCUUCCUCCCUCUCUCACCCCCUCUCUCCCUCCCAUGCCCACCUCCACCUCCUCGCUUACCUCCUCAUCCUCCCCCUCCUUCUCAUCUUCAUCCUCUACCUCCUCCUCUCCUCUAUUCUUCCAUUCCUGCUGUGACCAGACCAGUUAUGGCACAGGCUUGAAAUCUGGUGCUACAUGGCAAAGUGUUAACAGUGCUUUAUUUUUUUUUAUCACUCUUGCCAUUACAAUAAAGAUGGGAGUGACAGAUCACCAGCAUGCAGAAGCUGUGAAUGAGGCAGUGAUGGGAAUGACCUAUCAUUGUCAUGAUCAGUGCUAACGUGAUCAAUAAAAGC